AUGCCGUCCCCUCAUUCCUCACCUGGCCGCCCAUCACCCAUCAGUUCCGAAGAAAGUGUAUCGUCUUCCCUCUGGGACGACGCGUCUCUUCCUCCCCCCUCAAGCAGCCCUGACCUCGAUGCAGAAUGUCAAUGGGAAAUGCGUCUAAAACACGAAAAUAUCCACGCCGUCAAGCAUGUAGCCGGCGACGACUGCAGUUAUCCGCGGGAAGUUUCCAACAAUACCUCUGAAUCCAUCGUCUUCCCUCAAGAUGAUCCAGGUCUCAAGCAACACGUUAUCCUACAUCGAAAUCUGUCAUUAUAUGCGCUCAGACACGGUCAGGAUGACUGCCAGGAUGGUUCUUUUCGGCACGAGACUGCUCUACUACCAUCUGAAACCGUGAAUGCACCUCUCACUGGAAUCGAACUGUCUUCAAAUGAUCCCGAAUCUUCUGAUUCGGAUCUCUCUACUCCCAUCUUUGCGCCUGGUAGCCCGUAUCACUCUCCUUUGAAUUCUCCUACGUCGGGCCAGCUCCGCAAGCACUUGUCGGAAAGCUCUGAUUCUACCAAAAAUGGGAAGCGAGACCGACCAAACGACGUGAUAGAUUGUCGAGAUAUCCCCAAGAAACCCAAGGCUAAUUCAUCAAGCUGUGACAUUUCGUUUGCCCAUCGGCCUGCGAGCUUCAGGAGAGCUUUAUCACUUGGUUCAAGUUGCUUACACAACGGUUUCACUGUACGGGACCCCCAAGUACCACAAGCACCUGCUAAAGACGUACCGAAAAUCAGGAGCAAGGUUCCCAUCAUUGCUCCUCCCCUCGAUCAUUUUGCUCGCCUACCACUCUCCCAAGAAGCGGAAGCUAAACUACGAAUUUCGCGCUUUUUAGACAGCGAGCACCGUAUUAGAGAUCAAGACGGCUUGCUUCCAUGCUAUAACGACAUUUUGCAGACACGAUUGGAUUGGGCGCAAAGGUUAGGCAUUGGCUCUGACGCCAGGCUGCGAGCGUUGGAUUGGAUCUUCCAUGCCUCAACCGAUGUUUGCAGUUCAAGACCGUUUUCGCGGAAUUUGCGCGACCAGUUAAUUUAUUCUCCGGAAACUCGAUUCCACGCUGGUUAUCUCUUCCUACGAUAUUUCUCUCUUGUAGAAGUAGAGGCUGAACCCGCAAAUAUUCCCGAGUCCCAAGCGGCACUAGAGCUGGUCAUUUUUGACGCUGCCGUUGCGAGCCUUGCUUUAAGUGUUAAGGUCAAUUCAACGCCUCAGUAUCUUGCCAUCUCUAACCUAUACCCAAAGCUUCACCUCGAUACAUUGUGGCCUUUGCAUCCCAUCAUGUCUACUGAAUAUGAGCGACUCGCUCCCCAUGAGAUGUCCUUUGACGAUCUUGAAGCAUCCCAGAGGGACUUGCUUUCGGCAUUUUCAUUCCAACUAGGCAGCAGCCCUCAACUACUUCUCGAUCAGCUGUGGAUGGCACUUCCGUCCCUUCGUCAGGUACUCGAUUUCACGGGCGGGUGGACGUAUGCACAAAAGUUGACUUGGGAAUGUUUAUACGAGGCUCUUCUUCAACCAGACGUGCUUCGCUACCGCCUUUCCCUUCUCACCGUCGCUGCUUUGAUAGAAGCCUUGAUUUCAACACUAGAGCUUCGGUACGAAUUUGUUGAAGGUUGGAAAGGGGAGACUUGUAGGUCCGGCAAAAACAAGAAGCAAACGCAUGCUACGCAUAUGCAAGGGAUCAUCUCUGCUCGGAGAGGGAAAGCCACGCGAACGUUGGAAGGGGUAGUACUAGAUAUUCAAGCUGUCACCGAAAUUACUGAUGAUUCACUACGACUAACACGGGAGUGGUUAGCACGCAUGGAUAGUCGCUGA